CAGGAGGAGAAUAAGAGUCACUCUACACCAAUCAGCAUCCAGAGUUUGGACCUAGAGGUGUGUCUAAGAAACAAUAUCAGGAAACUACUUGAACACAACUCAGACUGAAGCGGAGUGAACCCAAACAAACAGUGUGUCGUGAACGUGUGUUAUCCAGGCAGUAUUUGACACACAGUAUUUCUCCUGAACAGAAAGAGGAAGUGCUGCUGGUGUCCUGUGUUUCUCAGUGCAGCUGAAUAAAGGAAGUGUAACGUGUGUCUCCAGUGGCCAUGGACAAACCGGUGUGUUUGAUUGACACUGCGUCUGACGGGAAGCUGUGUGUGCAGCAGUCAGCGUUGCAGGUUCUGGAGCAGAUCCUGCAGCCUGUGGUGGUGGUGGCCGUGGUGGGUCUCUACCGCACCGGGAAGUCCUACCUGAUGAACCGACUGGCCGGGAAACAAACAGGGUUUGCUCUGGGCAGCACCAUCGAGUCCAAGACCAAGGGCAUCUGGAUGUGGUGUGUGCCUCACCCCACUAAAGCAGAAACUACUCUGGUGCUGCUGGACACCGAGGGACUCGGGGACGUGGACAAGGGGGACUCGAAGCAUGAUACCAAGAUCUUUUCUCUGUCUGUCCUUCUGAGUAGCACUCUAGUGCUGAACAGCCAAGGGACGAUCGACAACAGAGCUAUCGAGGAACUGCAAUAUGUCACAGAGUUAACCGAGUACAUCAAGAUCAAAUCGUCUGAUGAGGAGGACUCAGAGUUUGUCAAGUUCUUCCCCAGUUUCAUCUGGGCUGUGAGGGACUUCACCCUAGAACAAAAAAUAAACGACAAAUACGUGACUGAGGACCAGUACUUGGAGUAUGCCUUGAAGCUGAAACCAGGCUUUUUGAGAACAAUCAGCGAGUUCAACCUACCACGGCAGUGUAUCCGGAAUUAUUUCCCGUCCCGGAAGUGUUUCACUUUCCCUUUCCCGACCGUCCCAGAGAAAGUGUCUCACCUGCAGAGGCUGGAUCCUGCUGAGCUGUCCCCAGACUUCCAGGAGGUCACGCAACGCUUCUGCAAGUUCAUCUUUGACCGGAGUGAAGUGAAGAAACUGAAGGACGGACACACGGUCACUGGAAGAGUCCUGGGUCAGUUUGCCAAGACAUACGUAGACUCGAUUUCCAGCGGUCAAGUGCCCUUUCUGGAGAACGCAGUGCUAGCCAUGGCCCAGAUCGAGAACGAGGCUGCGCUGAAGGAGGGUCUGGAGGUGUACCACACUGGGAUGGAGACGCUGAAGAGGUCCUUUCCUCUGGAGCUGAAGGAGGUUUCAUCAGAACACCAGCGUCUCAGCAGCACCGCCACACAGGUCCUAAUGAAACGCUCCUUUAAAGACAGCCAGGGGACCUACCUCAAAUCUCUAGAGGAAGGCAUUAAUAAUCUCUUUCAUGGUUACUUGCAUCAAAAUGAGGAAGCUUCAAAGAAAAGAUGUGAAAAUAUUCUGUCAUCCCUCUCUGGAACAAUGACAGAGAAGCUGAAGAAAGGAUCCUAUGCCAUACCUGGUGGUUAUCAUCUCUUUUCCCAGGACCUUGAAGACAUUGUGAAGAAAUAUAAAAUACAAGCCAAUAAAGGAGUCAAGGCAGAAGACACACUGGAAGAGUUUCUGAAGCAGAAGUCUACGGCAUCUAAUGCAGUUCUUCGGGCUGACAAUAAACUGACGGAGAAGGAGAAAAAAAUAAUGGAGGAAAGAGAGAAGACAAUUCUACUAGCUCAAGAAAUAAACACCAAGGAACAGCAGCAGCGACAGCUAGAAGAGAAGAUGGAAGCAGAGAAGAGGAGUAAUGAUGAGAGGAUGAGACAGAUGAAGGAGAAGAUGGAUGAGGAGAUGAAGCUUCAGAGAGAAGAGGCUGAGAGGGCCAUGGACUGCAAACUGAAGGAGCAGGCCGCUCUGCUGGAGAAGGGCUUUCAGGACAAGGCUGACAUUAUGAACGAGGAGAUCAAGGACUUCAGGACGAAGAGUGAAAACAGAGAGAAGGAAAAUGACAAACUGCUUAAACAGAUGACUGCAAACAUGAAAAAGAGACACGCUGACACUAUGAACAUGAUGAAGAAGCAACACCUCGAGCAGAUGGAGGCCAUCAGGAACAUGCCGAGGCCUUCGUCUGAUUCUGGCGAUCUCUUCUUACGUCUGCUGCUCUUCGGCCUCAGCAGCUUCGCCAGCGGCUCUAGUCGCUGCUGAAUUGAUCCCGAGCAAACGCUCUCAGCUAAACAGUGUACUGCUGACGGAGGCAGCAUCUCCGUCAUCGGGAGCGGGUGGAUUCAGGGUUUUCCUGAUUCAAACUCUGAAACCUUUGUUUCGGGGUGUGUUGAGGGAAACAGGAAGUUUUUCUGAUUUUGUAAGUUUGCCUUGUUUGAGUGAUACCUUGCAUUGUGAACACAUUGUGAUGUGUUACUGAUUUAUCAAGACGAAGAGACCACACAGAAUAUUGUAUUCUUUUAUUUGAUAAGUAUUUAUAC